CAAUAUCCGCUACUGUAUGUGUAUGUUGCAUGAGAGGUCUCUAUCGAGUGGGGGAAUGCCCAACCAGAUCAAGCAGGUAUCUUUUUCUUCCAAUACACAUUUUAUUUGCAAUACAGAAGAGCAAUAUCACUCCAAAUGAAUGUUUUCCAUGAUCAUUUCUAUUGUGUUUACCAAAUAUUGUACUGCAUUUUUCCAUUCGUCAAUGAAGGGCCUGAGCCGAGAUUGGAACCCGCAACCUUUCCACUCUGAUCCAGACGUGUUUACUACUUUGUCACUGUGCGGCCACCUAUAUUUUCUAGUUUAUAAUAAUAGUCGAAACAAUCAUGUUAGAUUCGUUGUUUUUAAGCAUGUGAAUUAAGACUAAAACAAUAGUAAUUGUUUUAAAUUGAAGAAAACUGUAUUAGUCAGUUUGAGACUUUGGGAGCCCGUACCAGAUUUGUGCCAAAAAGAAUCACACAAAACUUUUGAAAUCCACUAGGCCCCACCUCUUAAAGGCACACAGACAUAACUAAAUUGUAAAUGUAAAUUCUGAACAUUCUAUUAGGGCUUAAAGUCGCUAUCCGUGUUGACAGUCGCGACUGACUUACAAAUGAGAAUAAAAUCGUUACUACUUGUACUAUUCCAAAAAAAAAAAAAGGCAUGUCAUAGUCCAACGAAAUAUCCAAUUUGAUUAUUUGAAAACUAUCUCUUGAACCGGAAAGAGAGUACGCUGGUGCGUUUUGGCUGUUUUUGCUGUUUUUCCCUCAGGAAACGUUUAAUUUUAAAAAUGUUUGUUAUGGCAAAAUAUAGACAAUAUACUUUUAUUAUCUUAUCCCAUACUUUCUGUGACUUUUAUUACUGCAAUAGUUAUUUGUUCUUGUGUGACUUUUUCCAACAUACCUAGUAGCUUAAAAGUUUUCCCCUCCAGUCUCAGUGGCUCUACCAGCGUCCCUUUUCUGUCAAGGACAAGAUAACUGUGUGUGAAAAGGCCUUUCCUCCUUGACUCCCUUCCAUUUCCUUUAACUGUGCGUUACUCUUCCGUGUUCCUCAGAGUCAGAAAGAGGAGCGAAGCAACUGUAAGCUCUCUGUCUGUCUCUCUCUUUGCAAAGAUUUAAUUCAUUUGACAAUAGACAAGAUUGUUUCCUGAUUUAAUUCCAAAACAAACUUGGUGUCAGUAGUGGCAUCUGAGGAUUGCCUGUCGGACCAGGGACCGGACGGAGACUGAUCAUCCAAGACAAGGAACUGUCUUGCCCCUUAUUGGAGGCGUUUGGACAGGGGGACUGGCUGGUCGCUUGACAACCGACUGUCGCUUCGAGAUCCACACGGACCUGCGUUGUCCUAGAAAGAAAGAACUAAUAAAAAUAAUAAUAAUAAUAAAAUAAUAAUAGUAAUAAAAAUCACACAGAAACUAUGGGAUAAUAUAAUAAAAUAAUAUAGACUAUAUUUUAUCAUAAGAGUUUAAAAUGGCUUACUUUAACCAGGAUCCAUCCUCGUACUGUGGCCAAAGGUAGAACCCAGGUUGGCUUAAACCUGUCUUGGCGGCUUAUAUCCUCGUUAGCUGGGACCAGUUGCCUCCUUGCUAGCUAGCUGUCUGGCUGGUUAGUUGGCUCCUUGGCGCAGUUAGCAGUCGUCAUCUGCCAUGCUGUGUUGGAUCCUGCUCAACCUUCUCCCAUUCAUUAUGCUGCGGCGUCAUCCACCUCCAGCGAUGGGUCCUUUCCGGCUUCAGUUGUAGUUCUGUUAGAAGCAGCCGUGCAGCUCCUCAGGCUCGACUAUCUGACACCUCAUCGUCGUCUCGGUGAAGGGAUCGACUUCAAAAUGAAGACGCUGCUAAUAGAUGGUAUCAAAGUGCGCAUCCAGAUAUGGGACACUGCAGGCCAGGAACGCUACCAGACCAUCACUAAGCAGUACUACAGGCGAGCGCAGGGAAUUUUCCUGGUCUACGACAUCACAAGUGAGCGCUCCUUCCAACACAUCAUGAAGUGGGCCAGUGACGUGGACGAGUACGCUCCAGAAAAGGUCCAAAAGAUCUUGGUCGGGAACAAGUCGGAUGAAGUGGACAAGAGGCAGGUGGCCACAGAGCAAGGUGUCAAGCUGGCCAGAGCUUAUGGAAUGGAUUUUUUUGAGACAAGUGCCUUCACCAACCAAAACAUAACAGAGACUUUUACACGGCUGGGCGAGCAGGUGCUGGCGGCCAACAAGAAGGACCUGGAUCUUCUGCGGAUGUCUCUGAACGACGAGCUGAACCUGGCCGCUCUGGAGGAAGAGGAGGGACUGUGUGACGGCGGGUCCGCCGACCAGGGGAAGGGGUGCUGGUGUUAAAAGACAGAAAACAAAGCGUUGAACUGCCUCCUUCAGACACUCUGAGAUGCGAGGAGUGCGUGGCGACUGUGUUUGUUCCUGCCUAAUGCUUGUCCAUCACCCGUCGGGAAAUUGUAUUAUAGAAAGAGGUUUAAACAUUUAUUCAAUAUCCUUGAUAACCAGCUUCAGAUCAAUGUACUAGUGCGCUCUUUGUCAUCACUAGUAUGACAAUUUAAAGCAACUAGGGCGCACUAGUAGAAUGACUGUCUUACUAGUAAUGUUUUCUCAACGACUAGUGCCAUUUCUGGCCUUCUAGUACACAAUUGAACUUUACAAGUAAACUACUGUGCUGUACGAGUAACACGCACUGAAAACCGCCUGAGCAUUUAUUCAAUAUCCUUGAUAUCCGGCAUAAGGUCCAUGUACUGGGUAUGCUUUUUGUCCUCACUACCAGGAUAACUUUGGCAUGCUAGUAGGACAACUGCAUGUUACCAGUGAGGCAAAACUGUUCACUAGUUGCAAAAUGCGUGCUGCUAGUACAACUAAUGACUUUAUAAAAUUCUACUUGUUAACAUCUAGUGCAGUGAUUCUCGUAUGUGGGCUCCCUCUAGUGGUAUAUGAAAAAUCUAUGUUAGAGUGGCUUAAACUUUAUUUAUUUAUUUAUUUAUUUUGUAAGUCCAGUACACUACAUUUGUUAUGUAGAGUUCAGCUGUAUUUAACUUUUAUGUAGACUACCGUUGCAUUUAAUCUUUUGAAAUUGCUUGUUUUCAAAUAUAUAUUGAGGUACAGUUUUUAUUUAUCGUAAUUGCAAUACAUUUUUAUUAAAUCAUCGAAGUAUCCAUCCAUCCAUUUUCUGUAUCGCUUAUCCUCACUACGGUCGCCGGCAGGCUGGAGCCUAUCCCGGCUGUCUUCGGGCGAGAGGCUGGGUACACCCUGAACUGGUCGCCAGCCAAUCGCAGGGCACAUAUAAACAAACAACCAUUCACACUUACAUUCACACCUACGGGUAAUUUCGAGUUAAUUAACCUACCAUGCAUGUUUUUGGGAUGUGGGAGGAAACCGGACUUCCCGGAGAAAACCUAUGCAGGCACGGGGAGAACAUGCAAACUCCACACAGGCGGGGCCGGGAUUUGAACCCCGGUCCUCAGAACUGUGAGGCAGAUGUGCUAACCAGUCGUCCACCGUUCCGCAUAAUUUAAGCACAGUUUAUUCAUUUAUUUAUUAUUUAUAUUUAAGUGGCGUGUUGAUGUUUAAACUGUGUAUACUGUUAAAGUGGCUUACAAUCACAUUAAAUAUACCUUUUAAGAAUAAAGCCCAUGCCUUGUUUUUGAUGAACUCUUAGGCCUACUGCGCUACUGUAUUUCAGUGUUGAUUAUGAUGGUGGUACUUGAAGAGCUAAGUAUAUAUUUUUAGGUUGUACUUGUGAACAGUUUGAGAACCACUGAGCUAGUGCUUUAUUAAUAGUACUAGUAGUGCGCAGAUGUCAUAAAGUGCAUAGUUUUGCUUUACUAGUAACAUGUCAUUGUUCUUGUCUGUCAAAGUUGUUCUACUAGUGAGGACAAAGAGCGUACACAAACCUUAAACUAGAUAUCAAGGAUAUCGAAUAAAUGCCAAGACGUCUUUCCAUACUAUACACACUUAAGACAGAUACAUUGUACAACCCCAAUUCCAACGAAGUUGGGACGUUGUGUUAAACAUAAAUAAAAACAAUACAAUGAUUUGCAAAUCAUGUUCAACCUAUAUUUAAUCGAAUACACAACAAAGACAAGAUAUUUAAUCUUCAAACUGAUAAACUUUAUUGUUUUUAGCAAAUAAUCAUUAACUUAGAAUUGUAUGGCUGCAACACGUUCCAAAAAAAGAUGGGGCAGGGUCUUGUUUACCACUGUGUUAGAUCACCUUUUCUUUUAAAAACAUUCAAUAAACGUUUGGCAACAGAGGACACUAAUUGUUGAAGCUUUGUAGGUGGAAUUCUUUCCCAUUCUUGCUUGAUGUACAGCUUCAGCUGUUUAACAGUCCGCGGUCUCCGCUGUAGUAUUUUACGCUACAUAAUGCGCCACACAUUUUCAAUGGGAGACAGGUCUGGACUGCAGGCAGGCCAGUCUAGUACCCACACUCUUUUACUACGAAGCCAUGCUGUUGUAACACGUGCAGAAUGUGGUUUGGCAUUGUCUUGCUGAAAUAAGCAGGGGCGUAAAUUGAAAAAAGACGUUGCUUGGAUGGCAGCAUACGUUUCUCCAAAACCUGUAUGUACCUUUCAGCAUUAAUGGUGCCUUCACAGAUGUGUAAAUUACCCAUGCCAUUUGCACUAACACAGCCCCAUACCAUCACAGAUGCUGGCUUUGGAACUUUGCUGGAUGGUUCUUUUCCUCUUUGGCCCGGAGGACACGACGUCCCCAAUUUCCAAAAACAAUUUGAAAUGUGGACUCGUCGGACCACAGAACACUUUUCCACUUUGCAUCAGUCCAUCUUAGAUUAGCUCGGGCCCAGAGAAGCCGGCGGCGUUUGUGUGUGUUGUUGAUAAAUGGCUUUUGCUUUGCAUAGUAGAGUUUCAAGUUGCACUUACGGAUGAAGCGCCAAACUGUAUUUACUGACAUUGGUUUUCUGAAGUGUCCUUAAGCCCAUGUGGUGAUAUCCUUUACACAUUGAUGUCGGUUUUUGAUGCAGUGCCACCUGAGGGCUCGAACGUCACGUGCAUUCAAUGUUGGUUUUCGGCCUUGCCGCUUACAUGCGGUGAUUUCUCCCGAUUCUCUGAACCUUUUGAUGAUAUUAUGGGCCGUAGAUGAUGAAAUCCCUAAAUCCCUUGCAAUUGUACGUUGAGGAACAUUGUCCUUAAACUGUUCGACUAUUUUCUCACAUACUUGUUCACAAGGAGGUGAACCUCGCCCCAUCUUUGCUUGUCAAUGACCUAGAAAUUCAGGGAAGCUCCUUUUAUACCCAAUCAUGACACCCACCUGUUCCCAAUUAGCCUGUUCACCUGUGGGAUGUUCCAAACAGGUGUUUGAUGAGCAUUCCUCAACUUUCUCAGCCUUUUUUGCCACCUGUCCCAGCUUUUUUGGAACAUGUUGCA